AUGUCGUUCGUUCUCCUACCCACAGAGCUCAUUCUCAUGAUUGAGAGCAAUCUGCAUUCCCUAGAAGACCGCAAUUCCUUUGUUCGCACGAGCCCACGUUUUACCCUCAUUUUCGAAGACAGACUCUACCAAGACUGUUCAGCACACGAACUCGAUUGGAUUAUUCUAUGGGCAGCCCAGAGAGGCCUCGAUGGCACCAUACGCAAGUGCCUGAGGGCCGGCGCCAAGAUUACACGACUAGACAGAUUCAGGUCUCAUAGAAGAGAUCGCGAUGCCCCGGAGUCUUUGAGCGUCAUCCCACGGCACCCGAAAUCACACCCUUUGACCGCAGCAGCCGAAGUUGGCUCGAUGUCUUGCGUCAGUCUUCUCCUUGCAAAGGGCGUCAAUCCCAACUUGCUGGAUGAACACUACGAAACCCCAAUGAGACAGGCCGCAGGAAACGGCCAUGUGGACAUUGUUAAACUGUUACUUGACAGCGGCCCUGAGGCAUUCUCGGGUGCUUUCAAGCUGCGACGACCUCUGAAGUUUGCUGCGGCUCGCGGCCAUUUACCCGUACUCAAAGCUCUGUUUUCCUUUCUUAAGGCUGAAGAUCGAAUUCUCACUGUCAAAGAUGCUGCACAGAUCAUCCUGUACGAAGGACUCUGGCACUGCGAAGAAAGUGUUGUGAGAUAUGCACUCGAACAGGGUGCUGACGUGAACGACGAAGAAUUAGAGUUCGCGUUGCGGUUUGCUCCCGAUCUACGUCCAGAUGAAUACCCUAUGAGACCACGAAUCAAGCUGGUCCAGUCAUACAAGUUUGGAGUCACCAUUCGAGGGAUCCCCACUCCUGGCUGGUCAACCCAGGUACCAAAUACACUCCACGCUGCAAUGAUGGGUGGUGAUCCGGAUCUGGUUGAGUUGAUCCUUGACCAAGGUUUUAAUAUUGCUCACGUUGGGCCCGCCCUGCGACACGCAGUCCUUCGGAGCGAGACCGCACUCCUCUCUAAGUUGAUGAAAUUAGGGGUCACUGUCACCUCUAAAGACCUUUAUGACGCGGUUUCUGAAGGAGUUUACAAUUCGGAUUCCAUGAAGAAACAUGUGGAGAGAACCAUGGAAGAACUAGGACUCCAGACUUGA